GAAUCGUCGCUCCUCCCUCCGGUGUUCACGAGGUCCGAGACGUCAGUAGUGCAUUGGCAGUUUCCGGAACCGCUGACAUGAGAGCCCCCUUCCUGCAAAGUUAUCAGGCAUUGCUGAGUUAAUGAAGAGCAAGAACAGAACACAGAAGUGAUUUCACUAUCCAAGGCUGGGAAAUUUGGGUUUUGGAAGGAUAACUACCUGGGACAGUAGGACCAUGCUUCCGAAAAUGACUACAGAACUGCUGAAGCAGCUUCGGCAAGUGAUGAAAAAUUCCAAAUAUGUUUCUGAACCCAUUCAAGCCUACAUUGUGCCCUCAGGAGAUGCUCAUCAGAGUGAAUACAUUGCACCUUGUGACUGCCGUAGGGAAUUCAUUUGUGGAUUUAAUGGUUCUGCAGGAACUGCCAUUAUAACAGAGCAACAUGCCGCUAUGUGGACAGAUGGACGCUAUUUCCUUCAGGGAUCUCAACAAAUGGAUUCUAACUGGAUACUCAUGAAGAUGGGAUUGAAAGACACUCCUACUCAAGAGGACUGGCUUGUAAGCGUGCUACCUCAAGGUUCCAAAGUUGGAGUGGAUCCUUCUAUUAUUCCUGCUGACCAGUGGAAGAGAAUGAACAAAGUUCUGAAAUGUGCUGGCCAUGUUCUUGUGCCAGUCAAAGCUAAUUUGAUUGAUGCCAUAUGGGCAGAUCGGCCACCACGACCUUGUAAGCCUUUGAUGACGCUAGAUCUUAGCUUCACAGGGAUCAGUUGGAGAGAAAAGAUUACAGCUCUGCGGGGCAAAAUGACUGAGAGGAAGGCUCUCUGGUUUGUUGUGACAGCUUUGGAUGAUGUGGCUUGGCUGUUUAAUCUUAGAGGGUCUGAUGUGGAAUACAAUCCAGUAUUCUUUGCUUAUGCUAUCAUAGGGAUAGACACUAUCAGGUUGUUUAUUGAUGGCAAUCGCUUAGUAGACACACAUGUGAGAGAGCAUCUGUUUCUGGAUUCUGCUCAGGACCCCGAAUUGCACAUUCAAGUGCUGCCAUACGAUUCCAUCCUAAAUGUUAUGAAAUCAAUUUGUGAGACUCUGUCUCCACAUGAGAAAAUUUGGCUCAGUGAUAAAGCCAGCUAUGCUCUAAUUCAGGCCAUCCCCAAGGAUCACCGCUACCUCACCCCCUACACUCCCAUCUGCAUAGCAAAAGCUGUAAAGAAUAUGACGGAAGCUGAAGGCAUGAGGAAAGCUCAUAUUAAAGAUGCUGUUGCAUUGUGUGAACUAUUUAAUUGGCUGGAGAAGGAGGUUCCCAAAGGCAACAUUACGGAAAUCAUAGCAUCAGAUAAAGCAGAGGAAUUUCGUAGGCAGCAAGAGAACUUUGUUGACUUGAGCUUUGCUACCAUUUCAAGUACAGGCCCAAAUGGUGCUAUCAUUCACUACAAGCCUUCCCCUGAAACAAAUAGAACUUUGUCCUUGAAUGAGAUCUAUCUCUUGGAUUCUGGUGCUCAAUACAAGGAUGGAACUACAGAUGUGACAAGGACUAUGCAUUUUGGUACCCCAUCAAUGUAUGAGAAGGAGUGUUUUACCUAUGUCCUGAAGGGCCACAUAGCAGUCAGUGCAGCCAUAUUUCCUAAUGGAACCAAAGGUCAUCUCCUGGAUUCCUUUGCUCGCUCUGCAUUGUGGGAUCAAGGCUUAGAUUACUUGCAUGGUACAGGUCAUGGAGUUGGUGCCUUUCUCAAUGUCCACGAAGGUCCAUGUGGCAUUAGCUACAAAACAUUUGCAGAUGAACCUCUGGAAGCUGGAAUGAUUGUUUCUGAUGAACCUGGUUAUUAUGAAGAUGGCUCUUUUGGGAUCCGAAUUGAAAAUGUUGUCAUUGUUGUUCCAGCUAAAACAAAGUAUAACUUCAGUAACAGAGGGAGUUUGACAUUUGAACCAUUGACUCUGGUCCCAAUCCAAACUAAAAUGAUACUUGUUCACUUACUGACUCAAAGAGAGUGUGACUGGCUGAAUGACUACCACAGAAAAUGCAGAGAAGUGAUUGGGCUAGAACUUGAACAACAAGGAAGGCAUGGAGCCCUUCAGUGGCUCAUUAGAGAAACAGAGCCAAUCUCUCAAGCACACUAAUUGUGUAUUUCUAUUUUUGGAUGUAGUUCCUUUUUAAAAAUACAUGUUCAGGACUGCUUUGUCUUUACGGUAAUGAUUUGGGGGAAG